UGAGUUGAGGUGAGCUGGCUCCUCCUGUCCUGUCUCAGCGGCUGCCAGCAGGCAGAUCAUGAUCCAUCAGUUCCUCUGGGUCAGGCUAUAGGACGACAAAACUCACCACGGGACCAAGUGCACCAGGCACCAUGGGACAGUGUCGGUCAGCCAAUGCGGAGGAUGCCCAGGAAUUCAGUGAUGUGGAGAGGGCCAUUGAGACCCUCAUCAAGAACUUCCACCAGUACUCAGUGGAGGGCGGGAAGGAGACACUGACCUCCUCUGAGCUACGGGACCUGGUCACCCAGCAGUUGCCACACCUCAUGCCGAGCAAUUGUGGGCUGGAAGAGAAAAUUGCCAAUCUGGGCAACUGUAACGACUCUAAACUGGAGUUCGGGAGCUUCUGGGAGCUCAUUGGAGAAGCAGCCAAGAGUGUGAAGCUGGAGAGUCCUGCCCCAAGGAGCUGAAGACUUCUACCUGGAAUUUCUUAGGAGGCAAAUGGGGGAUAGGGGACCUUAAAGACUGUGGGCCUGGAAAUAGCACUCCACCACCACCACCCUAUUCCCCAGCCUGCACCUUUCCUCAUCUCUGCAAGGUUCAGGUUCAUAAUAGCCUUCCCCAGGGUCUGCAUACUUCCUUCCUGGGUGCUCGGGGGAGAUGAUGGGUCCGAGAGUCCCCAGCUGAGGGAAGCUCAGGGAGUGGGUUGGGACCAGGGAGGUUAUGGAGGGAUGCUGGAGGGAUAACAAUGGUGUAAGGGCCAAGUGAUUUGAUAGUGGGGAAAGGGCAGAGAGAACCUGGGCUAUGGGAAAUGAUCUGAAGAAUGGAGCUGGGAAUAUGGCUGGAUAUUGUACCAAAGAGAAUCUCUGAGAACCUACCCGUCUCAAUCUCUUUUCCAAACCAAACUGCAGCUAUCCCUGUCCCAUGCUAUCUCUUCCUGCUUCCAGCUCUGCCCCACCCUCCUCCCAAGACUGUCCCAGGGCUAGGGCAGGGGAGGAGGGCCAGCAGGGUUGAGGAAGAGGCUGAGGAGGGUGUGACUUUGGGGCAAGAGGACCAGCUGGGUGCUUGGGCAUUUAUAGAAUGAUGGUUGUUUUGUAUUGUUUGAUCAAUAAAAAAAUGAAAAAAAAAAUAAAAA